AGAUGGGUCACCUCUAAUCCUAUUGUCCAAAGCUCAAGAAAGACAUGGAAAAUAAGAACAUAUGAAAGGUCAAGAGGCUAAUGGCAAGCAAGAAGAGGCAAACAUGGUUGAAGACUAUGAGAGUGAUGUUUACACCAUAAUGGAAGAUGAUCCCAAAGAAGAUGGUAACAACUCAAAGUGGGUGAUGGAUUCUUUGACAUCCAUGUAUAUUUGCAAUGACUCUACUUUCUUUGUGAACAUGAUGAGACAUGAUCUUGGUAAAGUGACUAUGGUUAUCAGUGAGAAGGUGAACAUUGAAGGCAUUGGAGAUGUCUGACUCCAUGAUCACAAUGGGAAGACCAAGACUCUCAAAAAUGUGAGGUAUGUGCCUAAAAAUGGAGUGGCUAAAAGUCUUUUAGCCAUGGGAUUUAUUUGUUCCAUAGCUAAGAAUAAUAUUUCUUGCCACAAGCACAAUAAGUACGUGGCAAAAUGUUUUAAAACUUUUGCCACAAAACUAAUAUUCUUGCAGCAAAAUGUUUUAUUCUUUAGCUGCGAAAACUAAACCCAUACCAAACUGCUUCACUCUUUAGCUACGAAAACAACACUCAUAGCAAACUGUUUUAUUAUUUAGCCAAAAAAAUUUGAAUUCUAUAGCUAAAUUAGAUAAGAUUGAAGCAUAUAGGAGAUUAAGUUUCAAACAAACAAUUCAAAUCAUUAUACAACAAUGUGAAAAGGAAAGUACUAUAAUUUUAUAACUGAAUGAUCAUCAUGUAACAUCAAUAUAGUAUAUACAUUCAUGUAAACUAGUCAAGACUCUACUAUUAAUCACUAAAUCUAAACAUUAAAUAAUUUUAGCAUAAUAACUUUUCUAACUUAUGUAACAUUUUUAGUUAUUUCUACCUUCAGUUCACUUCUAAUAUGAGAAUCAUAAAAGGAAAAUCUCCAGUAAUCUUCCUCUUGACCAUUUUCAGAACUCUAACUGAAAAUUGCAACUACAAAUUUGAUGAGAAUAGAAAUCUGCCAAUAACUAUGUAACCCAAGCAAUAAUAAUAUUGA